UUUUAUUUGCAGAUACAGUACACAUUUUAUAGAUCGAUCAGCACCAACUGAAAAUACUGCGGCGAGUUUAUACCGAGGAAGCGCAACACUACACUUCACGUAUCAUACAGAAUGGCGUCGAGAAAGCUCUGCUACAUCGCUGUGAUUAACAUUUUCUCCGCUUUUACCCUGUUUUCCUCGGUAAGAGGACAAUGUAGUGAGGCUGGUAUCACGCUCAAUGGUACAAUGGGAAGUUUCACCAGCCCCAAUUAUCCAUCAAGCUACCCAAACAGAGAGACUUGCAGGUGGAUAAUAGAAGUUCCCCAAGAGCACGCUGUGCACUUGAGUUUCGACGUGUUUGUAAUGGAAAAGUGUGCAAUUCCUUCACCAAUCUGCAGCUGCGACCAUGUGGAGAUACGAGAUGGACCAAAUGGCAAUUCUCCGAAAUUGGCAACAUAUUGUGGAGAAGAAAAUCCCGGUGCAAUUAUGUCAUCUGGAAGAUUCCUGUGGGUGGAGUUUGAUUCAGAUCUCUUUAGUAACGCGCAAGGUUUCUCGGCUACCUACACAGCUGUUGAUGCGAAUGAAUGCCCGAGGGGUAAAAUAUUAAGUGGCACCAAUGGCAGCUUAUCCACCCCACGUUAUCCUUCACGCUACCCAAACAGUGUAAAGUGCACGUGGAUAAUACAGGUUCCUGAAGGCUUUCAGGUACGACUGAGAUUUGAUUCAUUUCGACUGGAGACUUGUACAGUCCCUUCCGUGUGCACAUGUGACCAUGUCCAAGUGAGAGAUGGCCGCGAUGAAAAUUCCCAGUCUUUAGCCAAGCUUUGUGGAGACCAUUUACCGAUCAUAUUGCGAUCAUCAGGUCAAACUCUUUGGGUGGAGUUUGAAAGUGACUCUUUAACAAGAGGGCAAGGAUUUUCUGCGACCUUCAAUGGUGUUCCCGUGGAUGAAUGUCCAACAAGAGGGGUGCUGCAAGGGACAAAUGGUAGUUUCUCUAGUCCAGAAUAUCCAUUGAACUACCCAGACAGUGUUACAUGUACGUGGAUUAUAGAGGUUCCUGAAGGCUAUCAAGUUCAACUAACAUUCAAUACAUUUGAACUGGAGGAUUGCGCCAUUUCAGCGAUUUGCACUUGUGACCACGUUGAGGUGAGAGAUGGCCAAACAGAAAAUUCACCCUCAAUAAAGAAGCAUUGCGGAAACGAGAAACCGGCUCCACUACAAUCCUCUGGUCGAUAUAUGUGGGUGGAGUUCGACAGUGACUCAAAGACAAAUGAAAAAGGAUUUACAGCCUCCUUUGUAGCAGUUUCAAACAGCGACUGCCCAAACAAUGGUUUAUUGGAAGGGAAAGUGGGAAACUUCUCAAGUCCUGGGUAUCCAAAGCAAUACCCAAACAGUGUGACCUGCACGUGGGUCAUCGAAGUUCCUGAAAAUCACCUUGUUGAACUUACUUUUGACGAUUUUGAACUGGAGGACUGCUUCAUAUCAUCAAUAUGCACUUGUGAUCAUGUUGAAGUCAGAGACGGAAAGGAUAAGAGUGCAUCUGAGUUGGACGAGUUUUGUGGAGACGACAAACCACCCACGUUGAUAUCUACCGGACGGUACAUGUGGGUGGAGUUUGAGGCUGACUCCAGAACAAGUCGGAAAGGAUUCCAUGCGACUUAUAAAGCAGUCAAAACUGGGAUGUAUUGCAACACCGCGUUUGGAUGGAACAUUAGCGCAAUCGGCUGUAUUGCUGCCACCGUAGGUGUGAUAGGAGGGGGCGUUUUUCUCAUAGUCUUGAUAUGCAUUGUGUUGGUCAAGAAACCAAGUGUUUUUAAGUGCAAAUGCCGAUGGUGUUGCCUCGACUGCUGCUUCGACUGCGACUGAACGAUAUAUAACAAUUAAAACAUUCUUUGCUGAAAAAAAGAGGCUUCGAAAUAGACGUAAUAGCGUAAAGAGGCCUAACUUUCCAUGUUGUUGGAGAAAUAUGCAUGCGCUUGGCUAGAAAUCCUGAAGAAUUUCGAAGCUUAUGAGCAGUUCUUUUGAAAACUAGCUGAUUAAAGCAUUUUGUAUCUUACGAGUAAAAGAUUCAUACAACUCUUAAUCUCUGUUUUUAUGUAAUGCCUUAGUAGCAACUACAAAUGCGCAAUGAAUCACGUGACAGCAAGGUCCCAGAUAAGAAGUACCCCAAGAGGAAUUGGUGUGCUGUUUAAUAACAAUUAUUUCCCUUUUACU